GAUUUUAUUUCAAUAAACGUAGUGUGUUGCUUAGCACCGUACUGCUGCCCUGCCUGGAGGCAAUCUUUCCAGAAAGCAAUGUAUUUCUUGUGUUUAUCUAGCCACUCUUGCUGGGAAUAAAAAGACGACGACGUGCGUCUCAGGUCUGACGUUUUCAUUUCCAGGCACUGCCGGGACCCAGGGCCUGCCAGCGGCGCUUCCCCACAAUCUGCGCACGAAUAUGAAUAUUCAACACCCCGUUCCAGGGCGCGCGCCGGGGGAGUACCCACAAGCCCCCGCGGCUCCCGCGGGGCGGUCGAGGUCACUCGCGCUCCCCAAGACCUUGGCCCCGGGCCCGGUGGUGGGGACGGGAGAGCCGUUCCUCGCUUCUUUGCCGGCUGGGAGUGCGGGGCCGCGGAAAGGGCAGGGAGGACCACCCGGCCCGGAACGGACAUGAGGCCUUCGCCCUCAGUGCCCCCGGAAGAAAGCGGGGAAGUCGAAAGUCAACGAGAAAAAGGCGAUCGGAAGGGAAGGCACUCUCAGUUAUCACCGCCCUAAAGCCAACUCAAUAGCGCAGCGACUCCUCGCGCCGCACAGCCUGACGGGAGCUUCAGCCACAGAACAGGCUGCCCCGGCGACACCUCCUCGGCACCGCCCCCCGCCGCGGGGCACGCCGGGAGAGCCGGGUUUCCCCCUCCCUCUAGGAAACGGGCGAGGAGCAGGGUAUUUCCGGUGUUACGACUGUCUUACGGAAAAGGAGGGGUUAGUUCGGUCCCGCCCUCACGCCCAGCGAGGGCGGGGCGAGAAGUGACAACCCCUCGGCCUGCGCUAAGGCCCGCCCCUGCACCGGAAGGAGGAAGGCCGGGGAGGCGACGCUACGUCCGGCGCGAGGUCACGUGACGCAACUGCCGGCGGACAGGAGAAAGGGGCGGGGCUCCGGGUGGAAGGGCGUGUCGGCUCUCUAUCCUCUGGUCACGCGCAGCAGGAAGUGGCGCCCGAAGCGGAUUAUUCGAGAUGGGGACCACUCUGGACAUUAAGAUUAAAAGAGCAAACAAGGUGUAUCACGCCGGGGAGAUGCUCUCCGGCGUGGUGGUCAUAUCCGGCAAGGACUCAGUCCAGCACCAGGGAGUCUCCUUGACAGUGGAAGGAACCGUGAACCUCCAGCUCAGUGCCAAGAGCGUGGGUGUGUUCGAAGCGUUCUAUAAUUCUGUUAAGUACACUCUGCGCUGCGACAUGAAGCGGUCCCUGCUGGCCAAGGACCUGACAAAGACCUGUGAAUUCAUCGUUCACUCGGCUCCGCAGAAGGGAAAGCUGACCCCAAGUCCUGUGGACUUCACCAUCACACCUGACACCUUGCAGAAUGUCAAAGAGAGAGCCUUGCUCCCCAAAUUUCUCAUCAGAGGACACCUCAACUCAACCAACUGUGUCAUCACCCAGCCUCUCACAGGAGAGCUGGUGGUGGAGAGCUCGGAGGCCGCCAUCAAGAGCAUCGAGCUGCAGCUGGUCCGCGUGGAGACGUGCGGCUGUGCAGAAGGCUAUGCCCGCGAUGCCACUGAGAUUCAGAACAUCCAGAUCGCCGACGGGGACGUGUGUCGGAGCCUCUCUGUGCCCAUAUACAUGGUCUUCCCCCGGCUGUUCACCUGCCCGACGCUGGAGACCACCAACUUCAAAGUGGAGUUCGAGGUCAACGUUGUCGUGCUGCUCCACCCCGACCACCUCAUCACGGAGAACUUCCCGCUGAAGCUCUGCAGGAUGUAGGCCGGGAAUGGCCCGAGCGGCCAGGCGGACCUGCAGCCGUGGCCGACUGUGGGAGCCCGAGGCGGCAGUGUUGAACUUGUCUUCUUGAUGGCUCUGGAUCAGGAACGAGGGGGACCCUUCUUCCUCUUUCCUCGGGGCCCCUGCUCCCAGCGGCACCUCUAAUCAGAGCCUCCUCGGAAACGCAUCAGGAUCUCUUAGCGGAGCUGGCAGGGUCGUCGCCCGGAGCACCUUUCCCGUGACUCCUGACUAACCUGCUUCUUCUUGGGUUCAGGAAGCAGUUGUCCCAGAGUCUGACCUUUGCUGGAAAGUGAGCCCAGGGACAAAGGAAACCUGUGUGGCUGAUGGGUGUGGCCUGGGCUGUCCAUAGCACAGCGGCGUGGCAGGGCGGCGACGGGUGUGCAGGUGCUUGUGACCUCUGCACAUCCGCUAGGAGGGUGCCGUGGCAUGGGGACAUGGGGCGUGUUUUCCACUCUCUUCUCUUUAUAACAUUUUUCGUGAUAACGUCAGAGCCCUUAGGGGCCUGGGAAAGUGUGCCUUGCUCUCACGGGGGCAGGAGGUGACGGCUGGCACUGCAUUGCUGACAUCUCAGGAACCGCUGCCCUGCUCUCAGAAGAUGCGAGGUUGUGUAAGGGGAUAAAAAUGUGUCUGUGCCUACAGUUGUCAGCUGGGCUCUGAAUGGUAAGAAGCUGGCCCAGGCCGGUAGUCAAGGCCCCUCUACGCUGAGUAGGGCCAGAAAAACGCCCUGGACUGGCCGAACUUGGCCCGCCUCCACCCCACCUUCGGGGCCUGUGUUGGAGCCAAGGGGGGUUGGCGCGAAGCCUUUUUCUCCCGCGCCUGCCCUUGUGACUGGUGGUGUGAGGUGGGCCUGUUAGGGUGCGUUUCUUCGUCACAUCCUGCCGUUGUCUCUGUGGUCUGCAGUUAGCGAGGCCUCAGAAACAAGCCCUCUGCAGCUGCCUGGCUGUCCCCGACACCCCUCUGCCUGGCAUGCUUGGGCAGGGGGGCUCCUGCCGACGGUCCCCUGGCGGUACUGUCGUUGUCCCAGGACAGCUCCAGUGACACGUGAUGCUGAGGGCAGGCAACCUGACUCGGGAUCGGCUUACCUGUGCCGCUCGCCAGUGAAUUGGAUGCGGCUUAUUCACUGAGUCCUUGAGAAGAUGGUCCCAGAGAAUACAUUUCUGGUUUAUAAUCACCUUUCAUGUGCACGUGACAUUACUAAUGAUCUGAUGAUGGGUUUAGACGAGCCGAAAGCAAGGCGUCCAUACUUUUCUGGGAAACUUCAAAGGUAGAAAUCAUUUUUAAUGGCGGGGGUGGGGUUGCUAAAUGAGAACUUUGAGAAAAGUUUGGAGACGUAUAUAGCUAUGUAAUGUCUUAAGCGAACCGAUUUUAUGGCUGUAAAUGUGGUGGGUACUCUCCUUAGGGAAUAAUCCCCGGAAGAGCUGCCAGGAGCCAGGUCACCUUUAGUGUUUCAUUCAUCCCCGAGGGCCAGGCCAGGGCCACCUCCUCCCCUUCUUGGACCGACACUUCCACUGUCGAUUAGCAAGGAAAACCGUGGACGUUUGGGUAUCUUGGCAGCAGCCGUCACGCUGCUGCCCUGGGUGGAGCUGGCGUGUCCAUUGCCGAGGUCUCCCAUCAGAGCAGGUGGAGAGGAAGGGGGUGAAGGAAAGGAUCUGUGACCCCUGAGCCUCUAACAGCCCAUUUUUGGGGAAAUGCCCAUUUCAGUGGGAACUCCUUUCGGCUCUGGGAGCUCCAGCAGAAAUGGAGCCCAGCUGCCGUUCUCUGCCGCCUUGCAAGUUCCAUAGUAAAGAUGGUGAAUUGGAAAGAAAACUUAAAAAAAAAAAAAAAGCUGGAGCUCCUAUUGUGGCUCAGCUGGUUAGGAACCCGACUCGUCUCCAUGAGGACGCGGGUUCGAUCCUGCGCCACACUCAGAGGGUUAAGGAUCCGCCGUUGCUGUGAGCUGAGGUGUAGGUUGUAGAUGGGGCUUGGAUUCAGUGUGCCUGUGGCUGUGGCUGUGGUGUGGGCCUCCGUUGUAGCCCUGAUUCAAGCCCUAGCCUGGGAACUUCAUAUGCUGCAGAUGCGGCCCUAAAAAGGACACACACAAAAAAAGAGCUGAAGCAUUGUGCCUGACUUCUCCCGUAGUUUUUCCUGAGCUUCCUGGGGGCAGGCGGGGGUGGAGCGCUGAUGCCGCUUCCGCCUUUGCAUUGGCGUCUCAUAAUUCCUGAGUCUGAGUCUGAUGUACCUUGAAGACCUUCGGGGCAAGAUUACCUCCUUGUGCUGGUGGCGACUGGGCUGUGGCGGAUCGCCAGUGCUCUCCUCAGCCUCCCGUGACUCCCCUUCUGGUUCAGAAGUACGCUUGCAUUUCCAUGGAGCCAUGCCCACCCGGCUGGAGGCUCAUUUCCGACUCCUUUGCAGUUGGUGUGGGCUCCUUCCCACGCCUGCAUCCUCCCGGCCUGUGCUGGAGCACAGGGAAUGUGGGAGCAGAGCAGCUUGCCUCCCCCCCACCCCCGCCUGUGUCAUGAGCCCAGGAGGGAGAGGCAGUGGGUCAUCUCCAGUGUCCUGGCUGCAGGAGCCCUGGGCUUGCUUUGGGAGGGUGGGACUUCACAGGCUGGGUCUAGUCCCACCCACUGCCACUUGUUAAGGCCGGAGGUCCACACGCGUGGGGGAUAAAAACCACUCCUUUCUCUUGUCUUCAAGCCCACCCUCUGCCUCAAGACUCAGGGAUCCAGAACCUCUCCUGGACAAGGGUCAAAUGCCGGGGAGGACCCCGCCGACCCAGGAGAACAGCCCUGACCAGAGUGGUUUUCACGGUCGCUAACCGGUCAGUUGAUUUAAAAGAUUGGGUAUGGUUUUCUGAGAGGUGCUGACACCAAGAUAAUUUCCGUGGUUAUAGCCAUGAUGCAGCCCUUCCCUCCUGUGCUCUGGGAGCAGAACUGCUGUGGUCCAGCACCGCCUCCCACGUGACCUUGAAACCUGCCAGAGGUGCCCCUCAGGUGAGGCCAACCCCCACCCCCCUACCCCCGAGGGCUGGGCCUCUGCUCCCAACCAGGGCUCCACUCUGUGCCUGCAGGAGGGUUGGACACCGGCUGUGUGUCUGCAUCGCUGUUACUCUGGAUCGGGCCCUGUGCUGAGUGCUGUCAGGUGUUUUCUUAGUUCUGUAGCUGCCCAUGAGGAGGGAAGUCUUCUCCCCACUUAGAGGCGAGGGGACGGAAGGCCCCCCAUCCGGGUUUCUACACACCUCCCCUCCACCUGCGGGAGCAUCUGCUGAAUGUGUUUGAUUUUACCUGCACCAAGCCCUGGUCCCCCAUCACCUUGCUUCAUUUCAGCUCCACUUGGCCAGGUCAGUGAUGUGCCUUUCUGCUGUUUCCCCAUCACACGUCAUUUGUGUCAUCACUGCAGCUCUGAGCAGCUGAGUCAAAUGACUAGGAGAUCAUUUGCAGCUGGAUGCAGUUUAGGAGUGAAGCCAGUGAUUGCAGACCCAAAAGUCCAAAGUAAAUCAGACCGUAGUCUAGCCUUUACGUGGGGUGAAAAUAUCAGGGGCUAUUCUAGACCCAUUCAGAGUGCCAGUAAAUGAGGUCGUUCCUCUAGUAAAUGACCUCAAAGGAGCCUUCUCGGGGGAUAUUCUGUGCAGCUGAGCUCUCAGAAGAUGUGACCUGCUGUGCCGACUCCUGCCUUAACAUCACCCCCACAGGGAAUUAGGUACCCAGCCGUCGUCAAAGUACACGUGUGAUUUCGUUCCGGGAGCUAUGAUCAUGAACUACUGCUGUGGAUGACUCUUCAUAAUUCCCAGCUGUCUUUCAAAAAGGUAGAAGAGGAGUUCCCAUUGUGGCUCGCCCAGUUAAGAACCCGACUGGUAUCCAUGAGGAUGCGGGUUCAAUCCCUGGCCUCAGUGGGUUAAAGAUCCGGCAUUGCCAGGAGCUGUGGUAUAGAUCACAGAUGUGACUCAGAUCCCACGUUGCUGUGGCUCUGACAUAGGCUAGCAAUUAUAGCUCCAAUUCGACCCCUAGCCUGGGAACUUCCAUAUGCCACAGGUGUGGACCUAAAAAGCAAAAAAAAAAAAGAAAAGUAGAAGAAAGUUUUCUAGGGAGAAAUCUGUUUUCAUGGUAAGGCUUAUCCAAGCUAACUUAUGUUGGGAGCCUGCAUAAGAGUAGAGAUGAAAAAUCAUACAGCAGAACUUUUGCCUAAGAAAAUGUUCUGUGAAGGGAAAGCCUUUUGAAUAUAAGUAGUUCUGGAACCCCAUGACUGUCAAAACUAGCCACUUGGGUAGAAAAAAAUGCAUAUAUGUGGGUCUAAGAGGUGGAGGUGAGAGUAAGGCCUCCAGUUGUUAUCUUUUCCACUCUGACCACUGAAAGCUACUUAUAUUUGAGUCUGUCCAAGGGUUAGAAUAUAUAAAGAGCCUUUUUCUUUUUUUUUUUUUUUGGUCUUUUUAGGGCCACACCCCAGGCAUAUGGUAGUUCCUAGCCUAGGGAUCAAAUCAGAGCUGUAGUUGUUGGCAUACAUCACAGCCACAGCUAUGCCAGGUCCAAGCCACAUCUGCAGCCUAUACCACAGCUCACAACAACGCUGGAUCCUUGGCACUAAGCAAGGCCAGGGAUCGAACGUACAUCUCUAUGGAUACUAGUCAGUUUCGUUACCACUGAGCCACAAUGGGAACUCCAGAGAGCCUUAUAGGUUAAUGAAAAUGAAUAUACUGUAUAGCAAGAGCUUUGCACUAUGGUCAGUGCUGCAGUUAGAGGAGAAUUCAUAGCCUUAAAUGUUUUUGUUACACUUAAUAAUGAAAACUAUUGAUUUCAUCAUUCAAAUUAAAAAUCUAGGAAAACAGGAGUUCCCGUCAUGGCUCAACAGGUUAAAAAUCUGACUAGUAUCCAUGAGGACGUGGGUUUGAUCCUUGGCCUUGCUCAGUGGCUUCAGGAUCCACGUUGCCAUGAGCUGUGGUGCAGGUUGCAGACAUGGUUCAGAUCCCAUGUUGCAAUGGCUGUGGUGUAGGCUGGCAGCUGCAGCUCCAAUUUGACCCCUAGCCUGGGAACUUCCUCAUGCCACAGGUGUAGCCCUGAAAAAAAAAAAGCCUAGGAAAACAAUAAAUCGAAAACAGUUAUAAAAACUGUAAUUAAUUGAUAUGAAAUUUAAAAGACUGGAAAUUUAUGAAUAAAUAAUCCACGAUUUAUACUUUGAAA